UACGCAGUGUUCAUUUUCAUGUUUAUAAAUUAACAUGACCACGUUGUUUAACGACGACAACUCGGAUUCCGAUGGGGAAUUGAAGAUAAAUGAGAGCUACGCCAACAUUUACAAUAACUUUCGUGAAAAGGAGGAGUUACAUAAACUAAAGGCAAGAUAUGGAGACGAUGCUGCAGCCUUGGACGAUAAAACCAGCGAUACGAGUUCAUCUGACGAUGAUGAUGAUGAAAUGAUUGAAGAUCCACAAUUUGAAAAGGAAUUUCUUAUAACUUUAGCAUGUUUGAAAAACGACGAUCCACGCUUAUACGAUGAAAAAGUCAAGUUCUUCAGCGAUAUAGGCAAACCUGGAACAUCGAAAGAUGGCAAAUCAGAGGAGAAGGGGAAAAAGCCGAAGAAAGAGAAAUCACUCUUUUUACGCGAUUACGAACGUAAGAUCAUAAUGGAGAGGGAAGGGCGAUUUAGUAGUAGCGAAGAUGAGGAUGAUGCAGAACAAAAAGCUAGAUCCAUGACAACUACUUAUGUGGAGGAGCAAAGGCAGUUGAAGGAUAGCUUCAAAGAUGCUCUGAAAGACGAAGAUGAUGAUGAAAAUGAUCUCCUAAAGAUCAAACAAAAGACGGAGGAAGAAAAACAGGAGGAAGAGGAGUCGUACAAAGAAUGGUUGAAGGGCCAGGAGGUGAAAAUCGAUUCCCAGGAUCAGGAAAUUCUCAAACCGUUGCGCGAUUACUGGAACGAUCCUAAUCUCGAUGCGAACGAGAAAUUUUUGAGAGAUUACGUUCUGAACAACAAGCACACGGACACUGCGUCUCACGAUGCAAACUUGGAGUAUAAUCAUGUUAUUCAUGAUAGCGACGAGAACUUGUCAGAGGACGAAAGGACUAUUCAGAAGCAGGAAGAAUUUGAACACAAGUACAACUUCAGAUUCGAAGAGCCGGAUCAGGAAUUCAUCAAGAGGUAUCCGCGAACGAUGGAAAACUCGAUGCGGAAGAAAGAUACGCGCCGAGCUCAGAAAAGGGCAGAAGUUAAGCAAAGAAAGGAGGAGGAGAAGCAACGGAAGAACGAGGAAUUGAAGCAAUUGAAAGCGUUGAAGAGGAAAGAGAUAGAAGAGAAGAUAGAAAAGUUGAAAGAGAUCACAGGAAACGACGAUAUGCGCUUCGAUAACGUCGAUUUUGACUCCGAUUUCGAUCCGAAUGAGCACGACAGAAAGAUGAAAGAGCUUUUCAAUGACGAAUACUACGCUGUUGCUGCGGACGAACAGAAGCCAGAAUUCCCAGAUAUCGAUGAAGAAUUGGAGAUCGAGCAUACGUGGGACCAGUAUGAUCCGAGCACAGAUAAAAUCGAUGUAGGAGCGUCGUACGAAGAACCACAUUGCGAAGACCCCGAUUUUAACAUGGAUGCCGAUUACGAUGGAUCUCGAAAUCUGCAAUCUGAGCUCGAAGAUACGAAGAAGAAGAAACGAAGGAGACGCUCCAAGUUUGCUGAGCUUCUAGCGAAGGAGAAACCAAAGUUCGAUCCGAAACAGUUCCCUUCGUAUCGGCAGUAUUUCGAUCAAUAUUACUCGCUGGACUACGAGGACAUGAUCGGGGACAUGCCCUGCAGAUUUAAAUAUAGAAAAGUAACGCCAAACGAUUACGGAUUAACCGUUGACGAGAUUUUAACGGCCGAUGAUAGGGAAUUGAACAAGUGGUGUUCUUUAAAACAAGCUCUCCAGUAUAAGCCGGAAGAUGUCGAAGAGAAGGAACUUCGGGCGUACAAACAGAAAGCGAAGAAUGAAGCGCUCAAGCAAAAAAUUCUUAGCAGUUUAUACACUAAUCCAGAAGAGCAAGAAAAACAAGAAGAUGGGGCUGAUGAGCAGGCUACUGGCAGUAAGAAACGCAGGCGGAAGAAGAAAUCUAAAGCCAAUAACCGUGACGUGCAAUCUACAGCGACUGACACCGUCUCUAGGGAAAAAGAUAUAGAUAUUACGGAAAGUGGCACGCAAAAUAAUGCCUGUGAUAGUAAGAAUGACGAAAAACAAGAUAAAGAUUUGGAAGGAAAGGAUGUAACAGAUAAGAGCGGAAAGAGGAAACGAAACAACAAGUUGAAGACGGAUGAUCCAGUUUCCAAGAAAAUAAGAAGAAAUAAUAUAGAAAAAGAUAACGAAGGAAUGAAUAACACUUCUGAAAAAAUCAAGACAAACGACGCAGGAAAACGAGAGUCUCGGAUAAAUGACGUUAAGAUCAAAACGGAAAAAGACAUCAAGAUAGAAAAGGAUAGCGAAGAGUUAAGUAACGCUAAAAUAAAGAACAAGAAGAAGGAAAUAUCUGCAGCCUCUAAAAAGAAUAAGAAAGACUCGAAAUUCAGUAAAGUUCCAAAACGCGUUGGGAAUCGCAGGCCGGACGAUGUCGACUCGAUGAUGUCCCUGAACGCGGAAAGGCUGAAGAUGUACGGAAUAAAGGCAAAGAAGUUCAAGAACAAGUUGAAGUACGGCAACAGGAAGCUUUGAUUACUGACGUCUGCUGUAACUUCUAUACACACUCUGUAAAUAUAUUUUAUCUAUAUAUGUUUAACGCAA